AUGGAGAAGAUGAAGCAGGAAGUCGAAAGUGCAGCCGAGCGUGUGGCGGGGGAAGCGGCAGCUAAGAUGGCGGAUCUGCAGGGGAAAGUUGAGGAGGCAGAGGUGAGGAGUUUAGCGGAGGACGCUACUAGAGAUACGGUGGGUGAUGCCGGGGAUGGAGCUGCCGGAGGGGCGGCUACUUUUGGAGCCGGGGGGACGCCUAGUAUUUUCGAUGAUCGGGAGCAGCAGCAGCGUGACCGCGAUUACGUGCGGAAGGACCGGAAGCCACCGGUGUACGACGGCAACUUCUCACUGUUCAAGUCGCUGUUCGAGCUCUUCCUCGCCCGCGAAGAUCUAUCACACACACUCGCCAAGCCGGCGAGUCCAGACCAACGCAUCUGGCUCCUCAACAGGCUGCCAAGGAGCGAAAACGUCCGGUUGCACGAUGAGCGUCCCGUGCGCGAUCAUGAGUAUGCGUUUGAGUACUUGAUGCGCGCCACGAAGGGGGCAAACUUUCAGGCUAGAAUCCUUGCCGUUGGGACUGUGUCUGGGGCGUGGGAGGCUGCACAACAGUUCUGCCUGCCGAUGAGUGACUCCGAGCAGGAGGCCCUGAAGCUGUCUCUCACGAACGUGAAGGUCUACAUUCUCUUCAUGGCCAACAGAUCGCUCACUAGCAAGGAUAUAGAGAAUCUUGUGCGAAGCCUGCGCGCCGAGAGGGACCUCAGGAAUGAUGCGCGGCGGACGGCAGCGCCGACCGGUGACCCCCACGCUCUUCAUGUCGGCGGUGGAAAUUUCGGCGGGACUGUUGGGGAGAUUUUUGUCGUCAACAGCAGCAUGGUCUACAGCACUCCUGCGGAGGUGUUCCCGUACAGCAACCGUUGUACGGCGUGUUUGGCAGAGGGUGUUCUUUUCAGCAGCAGCGGCAACAACCGUGCGUGCAGCAGAGACGGCCGCAGCGGCGGCGGCGGCGGUGGCGGCGGCAUCGGCAGGAGCGGCGGCGGCGCGGACGGGUUCGGCCAAAGCGCCGUCACCGACAGCAGCAUCGGCGGGAGCGGAGGUGGUGCGGACGGCUUCAGCCAGAGCGCCGUCUCCGACAGCAGCAUCGGCGGCGGCAGCGGCCUCGGUGACGGGGGAACGGCAGCAGCAGCAGCGGCGGCGUCCGCGGUCGCUGCGUUGGCGUUGGGUGUCCAGACGGCCGCAGAGGCGGCAGUGUCGACAUCGGUGACGGGGGUAACGGCAGCGGCGUCAGCAGCAGCGGAGUCCCCGGUCGCCGCGUUGGCUUCGGGUUUCCAGACGGCCGCAGCGGCGGCGGUAGCGACAUCGGUGAUGGGGGUUACGGCAACGGCGACAACAGUAGCGGCGUCCCCGGUCUUCGCAUUGGCGUCGGAUGUCCAGACGGCCGCAGGGGCGGCGGCGACGGCACUGGUGACGGAGGUAUGUGACGAAGACUUGGAAAAAGCGGUUGGUGCGACAAUCAUGCCAUUGCCAGUCCUCGAGGAGGUUGAUAGCCAAUAUGCUCGGGGGGACGUGAGCAACAGCAGCAUAAGCAGUAGCAGUAGCAGCAGCUGCUGCAGCGAGGACAGCGGCGGCGAUGGGAGCGGGGAAAGGGGUUGGAUGAAACCUGGAGUGGAGCCCCGAUGCACCCUUUCAACCCCGGUGCGACAUCAUCGCGUGGCGCUAGGAGACGGGGGGCGGUACCAGGGUUGGCGUACCCCUUCGAUAGGGGCAGGAACGGGAGUGGCAGCUUCGGCGGCGGCAACGCCGGCAACAGCGGCAGCCGCAACAGCGACGGGAGUGGCGGCUUCGGCCAGAGCUCCGGCGGCGACACCGGCGGCAGCAGGAGCAGCGACGGGGGUGGCUGCUUCGGCCAGAGCUCCGACAGCUCCGACGGCAGCAGCAGGCGGCAGCGGCGGCUUCGGCGAGAGCCUCGUCGGCGGCAGCGGCGACAACGGCGGCGGUGGUAGAGGCGGCAGCAGCGACGUCACCGGCAGCCGUGAUGCGCCUUAA